CCACUUCCGGCGCGCUCCCGGCCUGCCUCGGUAUUCUGGGCAAGAUGGCGGACGUGCUGGAUCUUCAUGAGGCGGGCGGAGAGGAUUUUGCUAUGGAUGAGGAUGGGGACGAGAGCAUCCACAAGCUGAAGGAAAAGGCCAAGAAGAGGAAGGGCCGUGGCUUCGGCUCAGAAGAAGGAUCCCGCGCUCGGGUGCGCGAAGAUUACGACAGCGUCGAGCAGGACGGGGAUGAGCCAGGGCCACAGAGAUCCGUGGAGGGCUGGAUCCUGUUUGUGACAGGGGUGCACGAGGAGGCCACAGAGGAGGAUGUGCACGACCGAUUCGCUGAAUUUGGGGAGAUUAAGAACAUCCAUCUGAACCUGGACCGGCGCACAGGAUACUUAAAGGGCUACACGCUGGUGGAGUAUGAGACGUACAAGGAGGCGCAGGCAGCCAUGGAGGGGCUCAACGGGCAGGAGCUCAUGGGGCAGCCGGUCAGCGUUGACUGGUGCUUCGUCAGGGGCCCCCCCAAGGGCAAGCGGAGGGGUGGGCGCCGGCGGAGCCGCAGUCCGGACCGGCGUCGCCGAUGAUGGAUCCAGACUUCCACCCGUUUGUGUUGAGACCAUACUGGGGGAAACUGGGAAAACUGGGAUUUGUACACAGCCUUGAGGAGCCAAACCAGCUCCAUCCCUGGGAAAAUUUGGGGUUUAUGGAAUUUUAUUGUUUUCAAAGGACAAAU